CGCAAUCCCUUCCCCGUCUUACCUUCUCCGCUUAGAAUUUGGAAAAAAACCAAACAGGGCAUAAAGUGAGAUAUUGGUCAAUAAGCCACCAAACCCAAACAAACACACGCACAUUCUCGACAAUUCAACGCCGGACACAGGCCCUUCUCUCUUUCCAGGAACUUGGAAUUCCUUGAACUUCCAUAUCCGAGUCUCUCUCUCCUUCUUGAAGAAUAUCCAGGGUUAGGGUUUGGAGGGGGCACAAAUCGUCAUGGCUAUUGCGAGUGGUUGUGCUACUUUGGCUGGUGCGAAGCUUGAGACAUUGUUGUUGAAUUCUUCGUUGUCAUCGUCUUCGUCGGCUCCGGCCGCGUUGAGAGGGCAUUCGAAUAACCAAGUGUGGCUGUUUUGCAAACCAGCUCGGAAUAGCAGGAUAGCACUGGCUCAGAGAGGAGGGAUUAGAUGCGAUGCCUCUGCGUCUGAUGUGGCGGUUGAGUCCGGAAAGGUCGAUCCCAGCAAUGCCUCCACCAUCUCCGCUCUUGAACAGCUCAAAAUCUCUGCCGCUGACAGGUAUACGAAGGAAAGAAGCAGUGUUGUCGUUAUUGGGCUUAGUGUUCAUACUGCCCCUGUUGAGAUGCGUGAAAAACUUGCCAUUCCUGAAGCAGAGUGGCCCCGAGCCAUUGCAGAACUGUGUGGUUUAAAUCAUAUAGAAGAGGCUGCUGUUCUUAGCACCUGUAAUAGAAUGGAGAUAUAUGUUGUGGCUCUGUCUCAGCAUCGUGGUGUUAAAGAAGUGACCGAAUGGAUGUCAAAGACAAGUGGGAUCCCUGUAUCAGAGAUUUGUCAACACCGGUUUUUACUGUAUAACAAGGAUGCUACCCAGCAUAUUUUUGAAGUAUCAGCUGGUCUUGAUUCUCUAGUCUUAGGAGAAGGUCAAAUUCUUGCACAAGUUAAACAGGUUGUCAAAGUUGGGCAGGGAGUUGUUGGCUUUGGGAGGAACAUUAGCGGACUGUUCAAGCAUGCAAUCACUGUUGGAAAGAGGGUUCGAACUGAAACCAAUAUAGCUGCUGGGGCUGUUUCUGUAAGCUCAGCUGCUGUUGAACUGGCCUUAAUGAAGCUUCCUGAAUCUGCACAUGCUACUGCCAGAAUGUUGGUAAUUGGAGCUGGCAAGAUGGGUAAGCUAGUGAUCAAGCACUUAGUAGCAAAAGGGUGCACAAAGAUGGUUGUUGUAAACAGAAGUGAGGAGAGAGUUGCUGCAAUCUGUGCGGAGCUGAAGGAUGUAGAAAUUAUUUUUAAACCUCUCACUGAAAUGCUAACGUGUGCUGCUGAAGCUGAUGUGGUUUUCACAAGCACAGCAUCAGAAGCACCAUUGUUUUUAAAAGAGCAUGUCAAAGAUCUUCCCCCGGUUGGUCCAGAAGUUGGAGGUGUGAGGCUCUUUAUUGAUAUAUCUGUACCACGAAAUGUGGGUUCAUGUGUCACAGACGUUGAAGGUGCACGAGUGUACAAUGUGGAUGACCUUAAGGAGGUUGUUGCUGCUAAUAAAGAGGAUCGGCUACGUAAAGCCAUGGAAGCUCAGGCAAUUAUUUCCGAGGAAUCAAAACAGUUCGAAGCGUGGAGGGAUUCAUUGGAAACUGUUCCAACUAUCAAGAAAUUGAGGGCCUAUGCAGAGAGAAUCAGACUUGCAGAACUUGAUAAAUGCUUGUCAAAAAUGGGUGAUGAUAUCCCAAAGAAAACAAGGAGAGCAGUGGAUGAUCUUAGCCGUGGUAUACUGAACAAGCUCCUUCAUGGUCCCAUGCAGCAUCUUAGAUGUGAUGGAAGUGACAGUCGGACUUUGAGCGAAACACUUGAGAAUAUGCAUGCACUUAAUAGAAUGUUCAGCCUGGAAACAGAUUUAUCUAUAUUGGAGGAGAAGAUUCGAGCCAAGGAAAAACAAAUCCAGAAGUAAGCUUUGAUCGACCUCUCCCAUGGCACUUGGAUUCUCUUCCUCAAAUAUUGAAUAAGAGGAAAAUUUUCUCAUGUUAUUCUGAGUGUUCGCACACCAUUGUCACGUUUGUAUGGAUGAAAUAGGUCCCUGCGGAGUAUCUUUAAUUCUUUUUGUUGGUGCAGGAGUUUCCCUAACUUGCAUUUAAGAUUCUUCAUUUGUCUGGACACAUUCACUAGCAGCCAUCCGGCUUUGUAGUAUACAGUUGAGACAAGCAACAUCCUUGUCCCAAUGUUUAGCUGGAAUUCAUCAUGUACCAUCAAGAUACCGUUCCCUGUAAUUAAUUUACUGUUGAUGCCAAUAUAGAGCUUAUUUUUUGUUUC